AGGGGGGUGGGGGUGGGGGGUGGCUCACUAUAUCCCAGGAAUAAAAGGAAAGCGUCCCAGCGAGCUCUGAACUAGAUUCAGGCAACACCCAGUGACCCAUCCGAAGCCAGAGAACACUGUAGUGCCAGAACUCUGCAGAUUUCCAGAUGUCUGUGCAGCGCCAGGAGGCGGGAUCACCGUCCCAAAGACCCGACCGGGCGAACGAGGACAGCAUUGAUAUGGAAAGUUUGGAGAUCUUUUCCCAAGGUGACGGUCUGCGCUGCGUCCAGGAGGAUGGGGAAGGGGAGGAGGAGGAGGAGGAGGGGGUGGCGAAGAAGCCGGCCCCCGAGCACCGCAGGCUGGCCAGGAGCCCCAAGUGCGCUCGCUGCAGGAACCACGGCGUCGUCUCCUGCCUGAAAGGACACAAGAGGUUUUGCCGCUGGAGAGACUGUCAGUGCACCAACUGUCUCCUGGUGGUGGAGAGGCAGAGGGUGAUGGCAGCCCAGGUAGCUCUGAGGAGGCUGCAAGCCACAGAGGUAAAGAAAGGUGUGAGCUGCAAAGAACCAACAGCCUCGGUCCGCAGGACAUCUUACCAGCGUUACCCUCGGAUGCCUAGCCUCCUGGCAAAAAGCAUUUUGGAAGGUUAUCGGCCUUCACAGGAUGACAGUUUCUCUUGUCCAAACCGUUUUGUUCUACCACCACUAAGUGACAGAAUGAGGAAAAGGAGAGCAUUUGCAGACAAGGAGCUGGAAAGUGUGAUGCUUGAGAGAGAGUACAGAGAGAGAGAGUUACAAGAAAUUACUGCAGUUCAAGCAUUCAUGAGACCCUGUGUGGAAACUAUCCCAGAGUACAACUUACUUAGGUUCAGCUACAACCAGUUUUUUGACCCAUCACAACUUAACCCUUCAACAUCCGGGGACUUACUGAACUUUUACAUUCCUCUUGUGCACACAAACCCUGCCGUCUGGGACUUUGGAACUCAGUGUUACCAAGGAAACAUUGAACAAAGCAGGGGUUCCCAUUCAGCAAACAUGGCAGGCUGCACUUCUGAACAAGCAUCAGGCUAUACUUCAGCAUGGGGGCAAAAGCCUACAGCAGUCAACAACUCAUUCUAUUCAAACAGUACGCACAACCAUAGCAACUUACCUGAACAGUUGGAUCCUAUGCGGAAAAUGUUAUCAAACGGAAAGCUAUCCUCAAAGGAACUGUGUUCUGGUCAUAGAGAUUACUGCACUGAGGCAACAAUUACAAAUAACAUUAACUCAGUCUCUGAACGUCCAGCUGUUGGCCUCUUGGAGAAAAAAAAUGCACAACACACAGGUCUGUCUGAAAAGCAUAUUUUACUGAAAAAUUACUUACCCCCAGAUUCACAUGUAGUCCCUGAGCUGAGCAGUAAAUCUGGCCCACACAGCUUUAUUGCAAGAGAAACUUUAAGACAAUUUGCAAAGAAAACACAGGAACAUUGUUCUCGUACUCAAGUAAGAAUAACUAAACAGCUGCUACCAUUUUCCGUGGAGUCCCUUUUGAAAACAUAAAUUUAAAGACCGGUUUUAUUCCAGUUUAGAAAAAUUCCAUUUGAAUUAAGUUUUGCUUUCUCCUGAAGGAGGAUCCAAUGCAGAUAUGUUCAAAAAAAGUCUGAUAACCUGCUCACAUUUAAAAGGCAAAUUGUCUCUUUUCCUUUUUGUUUAAUUAUUGUUAAUAAAAUGUCCUCGAAAUGCUUGUCUUUUGGCCAUUAAUUAAAGAGGUUCUUUUAUUCUCCGUCA